GGGGGCCCUGCCCGCGGCUCGGGGGUGCAGAGCACCCUCUCCCGGCGCUGCCUGUCAGCAGCUGCCGGACUUUUUUAUUACUUUUUUUUUUUAAUUAUUUUUUUUCUGCCUGCCAGCUGGGGCGGCUCAUCCCGUCCCGUCCCGUCCGUGCCCGGUGCCGCUCGCCGGGGGAUGCCGCGCCCCGCGCCCCGCGGCUGAGCGGGUCCCGCCGGGGCUCCAUGGGCUGCACCGGCAGCGCCCUGCGCUGCUGCCCCGUCGGUGCCGAGAGACAGCUAAAAGCCCAGCAGCAGAAGGGACCGGCUUCCCAGGAGCUCACGGCCUUGAAGACAGAGAAUGCCAAUGCCUCCCUGCUUCCUGAGGAUGGGGAGAAGGCAGCGCGGCCGGAGGAGUGGACGGACAGCGCGAGAUUCCUCCAAGGCCGGGAGGAGGAGGGGAAGGAGCGGCUGCGGGAUGCCGGCCGGGCAGGCACUUCCAGCAUCUCCCAGGACAUUGAGGUGGAAAAGGGAAAAGAGCUGGAGCUGAAGGAACAGCUUGAUGCCCUGAGGAGAGAGCACAUGGAAACCCUGCAAGAGCUCCAGAGAGCAUAUGAGCAGGAGAAGCUGCUGCUGACAGAGUCCCACCACAGGUCUGAGGCAGCCCUACAGGAGACAAUUCAGGUACUGAAUUCCCAGCUGCAAUCCUUCCAGGAGAGGAUGAAGCGGGUGGAGGAGUCACUCUUGAGAACAGACUACAAGAAGCACAUCCAGGAGCACGGGAGCCCCAGCCCCUUCUGGGAGCAGGAGCUGGAGAGCCUGCACUUCGUCAUCGAGAUGAAGAACGAGCACAUCCACGGCCUGGACAAGAAGCUGCUGCACCUGGAGAAUGUGGAGGAGAGGAACCUUCUGCUGGAGGAGAAGGUGAAAACUCUCCAGCAGGAGAACGAGGACCUGCAAGUUCGCACCCAGAACCACUUGGUCAUGGCGAGGCAGCUGUCCGAGGAGCUGCAGGCCGCCCGAGGGGCGCUGGAGAAGGAGGCUCAGCUGCUGGAGCAGGCUCGCCGGGAGAAGGAGGAGCUGCUGUACCGUGUGCUCAACGCGGGGGACGGCACCCCCUUCCCCAUGGCUGCCGGCGAGGUGCCCCUCAUCGCCACGUAGCACCGAGGGCACCGCGCUCUGCCGGGGACUGCCGGGGCUCCCCCGCAGCCCUGCGAGCCCGGGGCUGCUCCCACGAGUGCCCCCCAGUCGGGGCAGGGCUCCGGGCUGGCCGAGCCUCACGGACCGGAGUGAUGGAGCGAUUCACGGGACACUCACGCCUGCAUUUCCCCAGCCCGCGCGGGGCUGCAGAGGGACUCUGGCCCCCCACCCACGCAGUCCCUGCAGCCCUUCCUCUGGUGAGGGCUGUCUGGGGGUGAAAGGGGUCAGCCAGGACACGCAGACUUGCAUUGGGCCGGACCCGACCCAGCACUUGGCUCUGAGUAUAGACAGCAGCAGGGCUGCCCCAGGGCACGAGGACGAUGAGGCCACUAGGACAGGAUGGGGACAAGCAUCAGGAGGAUGAGGAGGGCACUGGGGACAUGGUGUUAACCUCAGCAGGCAGGGCUCCCACCCAUGCCCUCCUAUUCCCAUCACCUCUACCUUCAGCAAACGUCUCCCAGGUAUUGCUCCUGCAGCUCAGACAUGUCCUAGCUCACUGCCAUGAAGACCCCAGCAGUCCCUGCUGACCAUCAGCAGCACCACCAGUCCCAUCUUCUCCCCCAAAAGCUGGACAGAGGCUGGAGCUGCACAUUCAGGGAGCAAAGCAUCCUCCCAGGUCGGGUAUCAGGCUUUGGCACGUCACAUCCCUCUGCUCGAGCUGAUGCAUCCCCAGCAGGGAAGGUGCUGCCAGCAUGGCUGUGGGUCAGGGCUGGAUGCACACAAGCACUUUCCCCUGAGUGUGGUGGGAGUCACUGCUCUGGGGCUGUCACAGGCCUGUCCCCCUCCCAGGGCUAUUUAGCUAGGGCUGUGUGCGUGUGUGAGUGUGUGUGUGUGUGAGUGUGGGUGUGUGAGUGUGUGUGUGUGAGUGUGUGUGUGUGAGUGUGGGUGUGUGAGUGUGUGUGUGUGUGUGUGUGUGCUGGCUGUAACGAUUACAGAUCUGUAAGAAGCAGCAGCCUCAGGAAUCCCAUGGCAGUGGUUUGGGGGACUGCUGCAGGAGCGUCCCGGAGUGGGGCUGUGUGCUCCACACCCCAUACAGUGGGAAGAAGGGGAAGGGUGGGAGCUGGCACCACAAAGACUCUUUUGAGUCUGACGCUCCAGAUGAGGCCCUUAAGGCCAAUCCCCAUUUUCCUGCUCCUUUCCUCUUUUCCUUCAUUUCAAUGGGCUCCCAGCUCAGGGCAGACCCGGACCCUCCCAGCACCAGGGCCACUGCAACAGCCACUUCCGUCCUUUGUGCUGACCCUUAUCAGGAAUAGAGCAGCCGAACAGGCAGCCAGGAUGGAUGUGGGGUCCAGCUCUUACCCACACACCUCCAUGGGGUGGCCAGAGGGGGAAAUGGGGAGCCUGCUGUGUCAGAACCGUGUCCCACCAGGGCACCCUCUGCUCCACACAUCAUCUGUGCCUCCCCCAGGUGCUGUAGCACCAAAGCAGGGGAUGACCCAAAAUCCUGCCUGGUUAUGGCUCAAGGGAUCAGGAUUUCUGGACAAAGGGAUAUGAGGCUGCUGGGGUCUGGGAUCCUGCUCUGGACACCUGAUACCAUGUCCCAGUGCCCCAAAGGCAGAUCCUGCGUGGGACUUGGAAGAAUGUGCCUGACUCUGGGAAAGGGGACACUGGGAACUGAGGAGGAGGAAUAAAUGAGUGCAGAAAAGAACUUGCACACUAUGAAGAGGGAAAAGCUUGGACCAGGCAGUACCUUGAUGGUCAUGAGGGGAAUGACAGCUCAGCUCAGGCUGGGUACCCAGGCAAAAUGGAGGGUCAGGACAGCACAAGAAGCCUCCACCCCAUUGUGAGCAGCUGAAGGAGCAGGGUGGGCAAGGGGGCCUGUGGGGGGCUGCAGGGAAAGGUUUCAAAUGAAAAAAAACAAACAAAACAAAACCACAAAACCACAGCCCAGCAACAGCAGCAAAAUCACUUGUGUGCUUUAUCCUCUCCAAACAGAAUUCCUUCUGCAGGGGCUCACUGUGAGGAUUUGGGUUGCUCAGGGAGGUUCACCAGACUCGGGGAAGCUGCUCCUGCAGCUCUGGCAGGGCUGGACUCCUCUGUGGGACAGGACCCACAGCCCAAGGGACUUCCUUGUCCCCUGGGCACAGGAUGGAGGAAGCCAGGCACUCAGGAACUAGCCAUCCCCUUUUAUUGCCCUGGAGCAGAUGGGCACAGGGCAGUCCCACAGGGCUCCAGGGCCACCUCCCUGGCUCUGCUUCCUGGCAGCUCCUGGGGACCUGUCCCUUCAGGCCAGUGGCUCUCAGUGCUGUGCCAGAUCCCAUAGCCAAAGUAAAUGAG